GUGUCAGGUAAAAUUUCACCCUCCAAUCGAGGGGUGGUUUUAUUUGUUUACAUUUAGCGAAAGACCUGUGAAAGUUCCAUCAGUCUCGUUUGUUCACAUCACAGUGAUACUGCUGAAUAAUCGAAAGUGAAAUCAGUGAAAUUGGAACAUUUUGGCGUGAAAAAUGGACGCGUAUUGCCGCACUUGCUAUCGUACCAAUGCGGACCGGAAGUUUGAUGUCGGUACCGUGUCACAGGUAACCGACGUGCGCGUAGGAUAUAUGCUGAGCUACUGCCUGCAGAUAGAGGUAUCCCCUUACGACAUGCUGCCACAGACCAUAUGCGAGGCUUGUCUGUGUACCCUAAACUCUAUGUAUCGAUUUCGCAAACAUUGCGACUACUCGGACGCCGAAUUGAAGAAGAUGCUCAAAUAUGCCCCACCGGAACAUUUCGCAGUUGCAAACAUAGAGCCUGAUCCAAAUCUUAAGGAUCCCUUGCUAACUGAACAAAAUAACCAAGCCGAUAGCUCUGAUACAGAAUCACAGGUUUCCCUACCUGCAGCCGAAGUGGAUGAAGCCUUACCGGAGGAACCCAACGAGGAGCAGGAUAUUCUUCCACCGGAAGAGGCUACCAUAGAUAAACCGGAUGAACACGAGCUUGGCGAGGAGAAACUUGUUGUGGUUGAAAGGUACCUUUCGAGGGUAUUCGAAUGUGAGCAGUGCGACUACAAGGCCUCGUUCAAAGCCAACCUUUUUCGACAUCAUGAAAGUAAGAAACACACUGGCAUGCGGAUCUCCGGUCUUAACGAUAUGGCCCCUCAAAAGACCAUCAGAAAGCUUCACUGCUGCGGGGAAUGUGGUUUCCAGACGUUUGUGACCGCUAACUUUACGCAACAUCAGCAGAUCUGGAAGCACACGACCAGCAGUUCGAGGGAUGUUGAAGUGGACAAGGUUUUGGAGAAGUUCCCCACUUGUCCGCAUUGUGGCGUACAGCGGGCUAAUCUCGAGAGACACAUAGCAAAGUGGUGCCGAGGCAAGCGCGUAAAGAAACAAAAGAAACCUCCUCCACCUCCCAAGCGCCGUAGGAAACCUGCACUCAAGAACAUCACGUCGAUCGGUGUAGAUCAGAGUGUCGACAUUAAACCUGUAAUCGAACAACCUUUGCCAACGGUCACUGCACAAGAUACCCAAUUAUCGGAGGAACUGCUGAAAGAGCUUGCCGAAAAACCCGUUGUGGUAGAAAAGUACCUCUCCAAGGUAUUUGAAUGCGAGCAGUGCGACUACAGAUCUUCUUUCAAGGGUAACGUAAUGCGACAUCAUCAGCACAGGCAACACACUGGCUUCAGGGUUACCAUUCCCAGUGAUAAGGCGCCUCGUAAGGCCAUCAAGAAGCUGCAGUGCUGCGCGGAGUGCAGCUUCCAAACGUUUGUGCGCAUCAAUUUGACUCGACACCAGCGGAUGUGGAAACAUACAGCCUUCACCACGAAGGACGUCGAAGUGAACCGGAUCCUGGAGAAGUUCCCCACCUGUCCCCAUUGCGGCGUGCAGCGGGCCAAUCUUGAGCUGCACAUGGCCAAAUGGUGUCGAGUGCUGCGUGGACGGAAACGAAAGUACCCUCGUCGUGCUCCCAAGCCCGUCAAAGAAUCGUCGCAAUCGUUUGAGUCGGAUGAUGAUGAUCAGCAGCAGGAGCAAAUCGAACUGAAGUUUGAAGUCGACAAUAGCGAAGAAAUUAUCAACUAAUCCUUUUGCGGAUUCAGUAUAUACCUAGGUCGUUAUGAUUUAGUUUGUAUUCAUUGAAGCUAAACUGAGGAAGGUAAAUUUCCUCAUCAUCUUUUUUGAUUUGUAUGAUAUUAAAUCCAAUAAAAUUAAACAAAAACUAUAA